AUGGGAAAUUGCCUCUUUGGAGGGGUAGGAGGAGAGGGUGGUGGCAGUGGCGGUGACCGAGGAGGAGUAAUCAAAGUGAUAGGCUCCAAUGGUGGAGUAAUGGAAUUUUCAGGGCCAAUAACAGCAGGUUGCAUAACCCAUGAGUUUCCAGGCCAUGCAAUAUUUCCAAGUCAGGAUCUUUUCUGGAGACCUCUUUCUCUAAAUGAAGAUCUUUUAGCAGGAAACUCAUAUUAUUUGCUUCCAGUGAACAGCACAAAGAUAGGUGGCCAAGUUGUAAGAGAAGGUCAUGUGAGAUCAAAAAGCACUCCCACAUCUUCUGUUAUUACUCCAUAUAGAAUGUCUUUCGAUUAUCAAGGAAUGCUAAAAAGGUCUUAUACUGAAGCCUUCUCUAGUAGCAGGUAUAGUAGUAAUAAUAGUCAUGAGGGGUUUUGGAAAGUGAAGCUUGUGAUUAGUCCAGAUCAGCUUUUGGAAAUACUUUCUCAAGAAAAUCAAACUCACGAACUGAUUGAAAACAUGAGAGCUGUUGCUAAAUGUGGAAAUGGGAUCUCAUCUUCUGGCUCUGCUGCUGCUGGGUUUUCAGAUCAGUGGAGUUUUUCUAGUAGCCAGUAG